CGGGAGGGCGGGGGACGGCCGGCGCGAGGCAGUGGGCCCGGAGGGAGGGAGGCGGCUGAAGGGUGGGUGGUCCGGGCUCCGUAGCGGAGCCCCAGGUGUGCAUCGCUGAAAGAAGAAAGCGACGAAACGAAUACCAUGAGGUUCCAUAGGAGCCCGCUUUUUUGUUCAAGGCAGGGAAGUAAGAGCAAACCAUCGCUGUCUUUCCCCAGUGACAUCCUUUGUUUCAUUACUUGAAGCCUCCAGCUUUUCUAACACUCAUGAUGCCAGGAGGGAAAUCGCCUUCGAAUAAAAGACUCCGUAGGAGUUUAUCAACGAACAGAACUAAAAAGAAUGAAUCUAAGUCCAUUGUUUUGUGUUUUAACAAUGCACCGCCUGCUAGACUCGCGUGUCCCAUUUGUAGUAAAAUGGUGCCCAGGUAUGACCUAAACCGGCACCUUGAUGAAAUGUGUGCUGACCCCAGUGAUGUCACUCCAGCUGACCCCGGGCAUGGUGGCGUAACGAAUUCCCACGUGUCCACCGUAGAUAUAACCAACACUGCCGUAGAGGAUGUAACACCACAGAAGUCGUCACCGUUAAAGACAAAUUUAACCCUUGACCAAACGGAUUCAGCAAAACCGGGCGUAAAAAAGCAGACGAGUCCCUACUUUAAAAGUAACGAUAACGAGGCGUGUAAAAAUCAAGAUGAGCUGAGUCCUCGUCAUGUCAAGGUCAUUCCUUUGGGAAGCCUGUCAUCUAAACUGUCCAGAAAAUACAUAAAGGCAAAAAGAUCAAUAGAGAAGAAUGAGGAGUUUGCCAAUCAUACUCCACAGAGUUCCUCAGCCCCGGGGGUUAGGACGGUUAACUGUUCAGAGACCGAGGACAAGGAUCAGAUGUUGGAAAACAGUUCUCAAAAGGAAAACCUAUUUACCUGUGAUUCUCUUACGGAACAAAACACUGAAAGUACUGUAGAAGGCGCUACGUUAAUAGAUGCAGAAAACCAAACCUCCACGCGGGAAUGUGGGAGGUCAACCCUCACUCCUGCUUUCUCAGAUAAUGCUCCUGUGAUGUCAGCACCAGAAUUAACUCUGGGGAGUAGACUGCAGUCUGCUUCGCAGGCCAGUCUUGCCAAGCAGGAGAGUAUCAGUCAAGUGCAGGGCGCAGGUGUUGAAAAACGCGAAGCGGAUGUUGAAGCCACAAUGACUGUGGCUGCGGAAGCUACACCACAGGUGUCAGAUCGGGAGGCACCAUCUCAUAGUUCUACACACGAUGCUUCUAAGGGGAGUGACAUCCCCAGAUGCCCUCUGGAAGGUGACAGUGGCUUCAUGAAUGAAGUCGCUUGCGGAGUUCCCUUGGAGCAGGGGUCAGGCUGUGACGGUCAUGAUGGUCAAACAGUUCCGGCACCCUCGAGCCAUCCUUACUACCUUCGGAGUUUCCUUGUGGUGCUGGGAGCCGUACUUGAGAAUGAAGAUGAUAGGAUGCUCUUCGACGAACACGACAAGGGGAUUGUGACUAAAUUUUAUCAGUUAUCAGAGAGUGGUCAGAAGUUAUAUGUAAGACUUUUCCAACGUAAGUUCGGCUGGAUUAAGAUGAGUAAAUUGGAGUAUGAAGAGAUCGCCUCUGACUUAACUCCCGUGGUUGGAGAGCUGCAGCGAGCUGGCUUUCUGCACACAGAAUCUGAGUUGCAAGAACUCCCUGAAGCGCUUGAACUCCUUUCUGCUCCCGAACUGAAAACGCUGGCGAAGACCUUCCACGUGGUGAACCCCAGUGCACAGAAACAGCAGCUGGUGGACGCUCUGCUCAAAUUGGCCAGACAGCCGUCCGUCUGCACUUGGGGCAAGAAGCCACCUGCCAUCGGAGCAGUGAUUUUAAAAAGAGCCAAGGCCUCGGCCGGACCCUCGCUGAGGCUGUGUCAAGGCCCCCGGGCCAUCUUCUCCCGGGUCCUGCUGCUCUUCUCCCUGACCGACUCCCUGGAGGAGGAGGAGGCUCCCUGCGGGGGCCAGGGCCAGCUCUGCACCGUGCUGCUGGUCAACCUGGGCCGUGUGGCGUUCCCUCAGUACACAGUCCGUCGGGAGACCCGAAUCUUCCAGGACCGAGACGACCUCAUCAGGUACGCAGCCGCCGCCCACACGCUGAGUGACAUCUCCGCCGCCAUGGUCAGCGGGAACUGGGAAGCAGCGAAUGAGCUGUCUCAGCGCGCCAAGAGGGACUGGGACACCCUGAAAAACCACCCUUCCCUGAGAUACCACGAGAACUUACCACUCUUCCUGCGGUGCUUCACUGUCGGGUGGGUUUACACAAGAAUUCUCUCUCGGGCCGUCGAAAUCCUGCAGAGGCUCCACAUGUACAAGGAAGCGGUCAAGGAACUCGAGGACCUUCUGGCCCAGAAGAUCUACUGUCCCGACAGCAGAGGCCGCUGGUGGGACCGGCUGGCUCUCAACCUGCACCAGCACUUGAAACGCCUGGAACCGGCUAUCAAGUGCAUCGCCGCAGGGCUGGCGGAUCCCGAGGUGAGAACAGGGCACCGCCUUUCCCUGUACCAGAGAGCCGUGCGCCUGAGAGAAUCCCCGAGCUGUCAGAAGUAUAGGCACCUCUUCCGCCGGCUGCCGGAAAUCAUCGUGCAGGAUGUGAAACACGUGACCAUCACGGGCCGGCUGUGCCCGCAGCACGGUAUGGGCAAGUCCGUGUUUGUGAUGGAAGCUGGGGGGGCCGCCACCCCCACCACCGUGCUGUGCUCCGUGGAGGAGCUGGCGCUGGCCUAUUACAGACGCAGCGGCUUCGACCAAGGGAUUCACGGGGAAGGGUCCACCUUCAGCACGCUGUUCGGCCUCCUCCUGUGGGACGUCAUCUUCAUGGACGGGAUUCCGGAUGUCUUCAGAACUGCCUACCAGGCGUUCCCGCUGGACUUGCACACGGACAGCUUCUUCGCCAGCCGGGAGCCGGCCAUCGAGGCCAGGCUGCAGCAGAUCCACGGUGCCCCUGCCGAGCGCCUGCGAGCCUGGGUGGCGGACGUGUGGCAGGCCCAGGCAGGCCGAGCGGCUUCCGUAGUCAGCUGGGAUCGCUUCGCUUCCCUUGAGCAAGCUCAGGACCUGGUUUCCUGCAUGGGGGGCCCUAUCCUGAGCGGCGUGUGCCGACGCCUGGCUGUGGACUUCCGGCACUGCCGAGGGGGCCUGCCCGACCUGGUGGUGUGGAACUCCCAAAGUCAUCGCUUCAAGCUGGUGGAAGUCAAGGGCCCCAACGACCGCCUUUCCCAGAAGCAGAUGAUCUGGCUGGACGAGCUGCAGAAGCUGGGGGCGGACGUCGAGGUCUGCCACGUGGUCGCCGUGGGAGCCAAGGGCAGAGGCCUCGACUGAGAGCCGUGGGCCUAGGACUUUCAAAAGCUUCAGUGCAAUUAUGUUUCAUUUCCUUUUGACAUUGUGGUUGUCGGCAAUAAACCUGAGAGGACACUUGG